AUGGCCGCCGACGGUAAAACGACCAACAUCUCCAUCCUCACGGAGGAGGUGACUUCGAGCAUUCAUGACUCCUCAUCCAGCGACACAGAGCGGCUAAGAGAGAUCACUGGAUCAGAAGAAAAUGGAUACAGCGAUGAGAAGAACCCAUUCAGAGAUCCAGCUAUCGCUCAGCACUGGACAGAGGUGUAUGAAAAGUCACAGUACGAAUGUCGUCAUGUAUUUGAUCCGUCACUGUCAUGGACCGAAGAAGAGGAGCGUCGUUUAAUAAGAAAGUUGGAUUGGCGAGUGUGCCUAUGGGCCUGUAUCAUGUUCUUUGGCCUGCAGGUCGACCGUGGAAACCUUGCACAGGCAGUCUCGGAUAAUAUGUUGGAUGAUCUGGGGCUCGAUACAAAUGAUUACAACUACGGCAACAGCAUAUUCAGGAUUUCCUUCCUGGUCGCCGAACUUCCUUCGCAGCUUGUGUCGAAAAUGGUUGGACCCGAUAGGUGGAUUCCCGUACAGAUGGUUCUCUGGUCUGUUGUCGCCGUUUCUCAAUGCGCAUUGACCGGCCGCACGAGCUUUCUCUGUACACGCAGUCUUCUUGGACUGUUGGAGGGAGGAUUCAUUCCCGAUAUUGUUCUUUGGCUAUCGUAUUUUUACACAUCUCGCGAGCUGCCUGUCCGUCUCAGUUACUUUUGGACUUCCCUCUCUGUCACUGGAAUCGUGACAUCUCUACUCGCAUUCGCCCUAUUGCAUCUCCGCGGUGCCAACGGCUGGGCUGGCUGGCGGUGGCUGUUCCUCGUCGAGGGCUUGAUAACCCUUGUUGUAGGUCUUGCUUCUUUCUUCAUGAUGCCUGCCUCUGCUGUGCAGACAAAGACAUGGUUCCGCCCAAAGGGAUGGUUCACAGAUCGUGAAGUCGCUAUUGUUGUCAAUAGAGUCUUGAGAGAUGAUCCUUCCAAGGGCGAUAUGCACAACCGGAAAGCUAUUACGCCAAAGCGGUUGUGGGAGACGUUGAAAGACUUUGAUCUCUGGCCGCUCUAUAUACUUGGUUUGGUUGUAUUUAUACCUCCUAGUCCGCCGGGGACGUAUAUUACACUCACUCUGAGAAAAAUUGGCUUUGACCCGUUUACUACCAACUUGUUGACCAUUCCAUCUAACAUCUUUCACAUUAUCAAUCUUAUUCUCAUCACACGACUAUCUGAGUGGCUCAAUGAACGUACCUUGGUGUCCAUGUUGCAAGUUAUUUGGACACUUCCGUGCGUCAUUGCCUUGCGUUGGUGGCCUGGUGUCAUGGUCAAUCAAUGGGGGACUUAUGCUCUGGUCACUGUCUUGACAUCUUACCCUUAUUGCCAUGCAAUCUUGGUUGGCUGGACGUCCAAAAACUCCAACAACGUUGGCACCCGCUCGGUCUCCGCAGCAAUGUACAACAUGUGUGUUCAGGUCGGUAGCGUCAUCUCGGCGUACAUAUAUGUCGCCGAUGAUGCGCCAUUGUAUCACCGUGGUAACACUAACCUCGUCAUCAUCAACAUUCUCGGCAUUGUCCUCUUCCUUCUAGCAAAACUAUACUAUAUUUUCAGAAACAAACAAAAAGAAAAGGUUUGGAAUGCCAUGAGUGAAGAGGCAAGAAAGGAAUACACUGCAAACACGAAGCUGCAGGGCAGUGGACGGCUGGAUUUCAGGUUUGCACAUUAGCAUUUGUGUGUGUAUUGCAGGGCUGGUUGUUUAGAUUCUAGAUAAAAGAGGUUGAUCAUCUAUUGUGAAGGGUAACUAUUGAUG